AUGUUGGGGUACAUGGCCGUCGAGGAACAAGAAAACCAAAAAGAAAGCCCGGCCCGAUUGCUGCGGAACGUUGGGCUGGGGCUCGGGGCCGAGGCAUACUUGGCUGAUAUUGACAGAUCGUGUCACUCUGGAGUAACUGCCCAGAGAAACCUCGUCCCGGAGAACCGGCAAUUAAACGCCUCCGGUAAGUUCCGUACCGGCUUCCUUUCCACCGUCGCGACAUGGGUCGCGCUGCGCGGGCUUGCUAAGACGUUGGAACCCCUCGUAGAGUCAGAGAGAUGGAAUGGAUCGAUGGGGGAAAAGACUAGCUGCGACAACGGGAAAACUACGUCUACCUGCCCUAAACCGUCACGUGAACCGGCCCGACUCCGCCUUGGUCUCCUCUCGUCUACGCUCCCAACGUCCUACUUCAACUUUCCCACUUUCCCAACGGCAUGUUCGAUACCCCGGGAAGCUCCUGCCAAAGUGUGUCCGGAAAAAAUCAUCGAUUUGGGGCCUAAAAUUCGCAAAGAUUUAAGCCUCAAAUAUGCUAAUUCGGACAAGCUGUUCACGGUCUGGGAGAGUCGGAGUGCUGGCCGGACCAAAAGUUUCGCUUUAGCGUUAUUUUAGGCACUAUACUGCUUUCUGGAUGCCAGCCGGCCCACGUUCUGCCAGAUUCAGCCAAUCUAUGGCCUAAAAAUGUAUAUACUUUCAAAUAUGCUAACUACGGACAGGGUUUUGGUCAUUUGCGGGCGUCAAAUAUACUAAUUUCCCGAUACGCCUUGGUGAGAGCUUCGCGGGGCCUCAUCUUCGUCGUGUUAAUGUCGAACUUGACAGC